AUGUCUUUUACUCAGCGUCUAUCUAGGCCUCUGCCUGUCAGCGCACGCCUUGCUGACGACGACGAUGGCAUUGUCAAGGCAAUGCGACCUGUCCGAGUGACGCAAAAGCAGCUGGACCGGGUCAAUCUUUCUACAGACGCCUUGGUGAAGGAAGCGCAAGAGGCUAAAACAGUAAACUCUGUGGUGGCACGCUCCAAGUCAAAGACGUGUAACGUCCAGUCCAACAGUGUUGAGCAAUCGUCAGCUCGAGAGGACCUCGAUAGCGACGAGGAAGAGGACGACGACGACGAGGAUAGAGACACGAGAUCAGAAGGACGCCAAGAGGGGACGGAGGAUGGUGACGAGCAGGAUGAUGAUGAGCAGGAUGGGCAGGAGAGCAAUCAGGGUCAGCUGGACAGGCUGGGGCGGGACGGCGAGGGGAAUGAUGGUGACGACGAUGAGCCGCACUCCGUCCGUCGAGCGUAUAAGGCCAGGCAAGAUGAUCGGAGGGAGAAAAACGGCUUGGACCCAAAGGAGAUGAAUUUCCCGGGAUUUUCUCGAGUCCAUCGACGCCCUUCCCAAAUGAAUCAAUUCGAGGACAAGCAUCAAGUCUCCUGCUAUGUCUUCAUCGCCUCUGCCCACCGCCAGGACGAAAGGGUGCAGGAGAUUGUUCGCUCGCAGGUGGCCGCCGCCUUUUUGCGAGCUCAGAAGAGCGUUCGACCUUUCCCUUUUUUGGGCGAGUUCGCGUCUAUCCUUGAGGGCAAUAAGAUGGCUCGUGGGGAUUGGGCUAGCGGGGCACCGCUGGAGACCAUGCCGAGUAACUCAAACGUCGAGACGCGGCGGGUCCACAUCCAAAAGACCUUGGCCAAGCAGUGCAAUCAGCGGUACACCGGAUUCUCCACCCAAUGUCUACGAAAGGGCCUUCCGAGCUCCAUCAGCUGGACGUGUCUUGAAAAGCAUGGGGUCGAGGUUGUCACGGGCUCUGUGGGAGUAGAUCUUCUGCGCGGAUUCGAUAGCGGCGGCAAGAGAAUCAAGGUGUCCAAGGAGCAAUGCCGCGCGGUGUGGGACGAGAUGGACAAGGGGCUCAACAAGCUCAAGAUGAAGGAUGCUGCAAUUCGGGAGAACUAG